CAAAUUCUAAAAUUAUUUCAAUAAAUUGGUUGAGUCCAAAUCUUCAUUAUUUUAAAAUCACCUUGUAGGUGACAUAUUCUGAAAUCAAGAGCAUAAUUUUUUUGCCAUUAAGUUUUAUCAACAAAAAAAAAUCUUACACACAUUUAAAAGUUAAGAGGUAAACCAGACUUUUGUUUAAAAAAAAAAGCCUUCCAGACUAACAUGGCCCCAAUACUACAGGUUUUUUUUUUUUGUUUUUUUUUUUUUAAAUGAUAUAUGUUAUUAUCUAGUAAUCAAUCUCUAUAACUUGGCUAUGAGCAAAUGUUUAGCAUGAAUGUAAGAAAUCCAAAAACAAAAACACAAAAAACUCUUCAUAAAUAGUUAUAAAGAACAUGUGAGUAUAAAUUUAAAUAACUUAAAUCAUUGCUGACUAUAAGAAAUAACAUGCAGCAUGUUGGUGAGAUGAUUUGAACACACAGCUGAAUAACUAACGUUACGCAUUUCUGACUCUGUUUGUCUCCACUUCCUGUUAUGGAAACAUACAAAUGAUUUAAAAUUUUGUGGAAGAAUUGGGUUACAAAUGCAAACAGCUUUCUUUUUUCAUAUCAAACAGGUUGUUAGUUUGUAAAAUAGAUGUAUGUCACAUCAAUGGUGGAAAAAGAUGUGGAGUAAUUUACUUUCAAUAGGCCCAAGUAACAUUUAGGAUUUUGUUAGAUUCUUAUCAAACUAAAAUCUUCUUUCCUUCCAAACUCAGGGCAAAAGUUCAACGUUGCUGAAGUGCCCAUUUAAAAAAAUAAAAUAAAACAUUUUAAUGCUAUGCUUCUCUGACAGAGGUCCAGAUUGAACAGAAAUUAUUCUCACUCAAUGCUGUCAAGUACAUAACCUGUGUAAAUUACUUCCACAUUCUAGGAAUUUACAUAUCCGUUGCUAUUUGUGUCCUCAAGUUGACCAAGUUUUUGCGGCUUCACAUUCUGAAAGAGUAAUGAAUUUCCAUUCUCUGAGAAAAUAAGAGAUGAAUUCAUCCUUCCAUCAAAUGAACAGCAUAAGUUGUUCUUUGAUUAAACCACCAAGAAAUUUAAACCCACAUUUAUCUUUGUCACAUAAAUCCCAACAAAUAAAAGUUGCAGCAGAACAAAAUGUGUGUCAGGGACUCUGACACGGCUCGUCUGAAAAAAUGCCUUUAUCUGGACUCAUCUGGUAAUAAAACUGGAUUAGUGCUUCCAUGGAAAAAUAAUAUCCUUCACCUCAAACGUCAGUAAUAUGGGAGAUCUUCUUCAGCGAAGUGCCAGGCUACGUUCACACAUACCAGAGAAAAUCAACACAGUCAAAAUUCAAACAUGUUCCUUAUUAUAGCCUGAGCUUUGAAUAUUCCACUCUUACCUCAGGGUGUAAUAUGCUGAGAUAAUGUGCAACAUGAAACUAAAUAGCUCGUAUUUAUUUUCAUAAUGAUUUUCGAUCCAAAGAUAAGUCGUACACUGCAGACAUUGUUCAGUGAAGCAGAGUCGUGUUUUAGUCACAUGAAGCAGGUGGAGGUUCACUCUGCGUCUGAGUCAGGUCCCAGCUUUCUCUUCUGCAUUUCUUCUCCUUCUCACGUCGGAGGCAGAUGCUCUGAUGACAGAUGACAUGCAAAUGCAUCGAGUCCUGUAGAAGAAAGGAGAAGUUGAAACAAUAAUUUUAAAAAAACCCCAAAAAAUCGAAACGGUCACAGAUCUGACUUCCUGAGGAGAAGUUUUAGGCCAAUAUUAGUUUCAGUUCAAGCAGUUUUGAACUCCACCAUGAGGAUAUAUUUUACAACUAUUGUCUGGUUGCUGACAGUCAGUGGAGAUUUACUUGUAGAGGAGGAAAAUGAUGAAGCGCCUCUCAACACUGCUGUAAAUUGGUCACACUGCGACAGUGCAACAGUGGAGCAAACAGCACGCCCUGGAGAGUCUGUUUCCAUCACCUGCAAAUAUUCACAAGCCACUGAAAACGGCAUCAAACACUUCUGCAGAGGCGAUGGAAACUUCAGCUGGACAAAGAUGAUUUCAGCGCAGCAUUCAAACUACACAAAACGGGAAAAGAUUUCCCUCAGCGUUGAUAAACAGCGAGGACUGUUCGAGGUGAACAUCUUCACGGUGACUCAGGAGGAUUCGGGCAAAUACCGGUGUGCCCUGGAAGAAAAUGAUAUAAUCACUUGUUUACAGGAAGUCGUCCUCCAUGUUCUGAACCCGUUUACAGUCCCGACCUACAGCAGAAAGGGAGAGUCACCACCUCAACCUGAGCAGAUUAUUACACCACCAACACGAGUGAGGACUUACAGGGGUUCUGAUUGUGGUUCUAGUUGUGGUGGACAAGAUAACCAAGGACCACCACCAGAUGAUGAACAAGAAAACAAAUUGGACAGUGAACAAGAAAACAAACUACGAGACGGUGAACAAGGAAACGAAACACUACCACCAAAAGCGAUUGCUGGCAUUGUGUGUGGUGGUGUGAUCGUGGUGGUGCUUGCAGUUGUCUUAAUACGCUGCAGACGGAAACUCUGCAACAGACGAGGGGAAACAUCGGAGCCGAAGAUAAACGCAGUACAAAGCGCAGAGACAACUGAUGGAGAUCACCAAUAUGACGAGAUACAGACGCAGAACAAAGAAGCAAAAACAGUCUGCACUCUUUAUUCCACAGUGAACCCACCUGCAGACCAGCUGCACUACGCCAGUGUCAAUAUCGAGGCCGGAGAGCCCAGAACUGGUAGUGAUCAAAAUGACUCUUCACACCCUCCAGCAGAGACCACUCUCUACUCUACGGUCGCAAAGCUCGGAGAAGAGUAGCCAAACUUCCUGUGUUUUCUGAAACAUGUUGUAGAGAAUUUGAUCUUUUUCUGGGUACUUGACAGUGGCGUCCCCAAGCGGUGGGUUGGAGGGGGCAUGACCUCCACUUGAAAAAUGCCGAAAAAUGUAGUUUUUCAUAGCAAGGCAUAUAGUUAUCUUCUUCAAUGAAGAUAUAAAUGUAAACAGGCAAUGUAAAUAAAUGAAAUUCCUAUAUUUUCUGUUGUGACUCCCUAAAAUGGGCACCCGAUGAGAAUUUUCAGGGGCACCACUGAGACAUGGAGAAACUGCUGCAAGGAUUUUUAAAGAAGGAAUGUCUUGCAUCAAGGAACCCUUUUGGGGUUUUUAUUCCUAACCCUACAGAGAAGCUGCCAGGAGCAUCAGCUCCAGCCACUUAUGAAUGGCGGAGAAUCUAGAGGAGGGCAAAUCCAGAACUCUGACCAGCUGAGCCUGAAACCUGCUGUUACUGCUACUUCAAGAGGCCGCUGAACAUAUCGUCUGCAGACUUUAUGGGAUGGUGGACUUGCAGAGGUGCUAGUGAACUAUGGGAGAUGAAGGCUGCUACCGGAAUGGACAUGCUGAUUCUUUGUUUUGUUUGCCUGUGAAUAAGUAGAACUCUGCAGCUCUGGAGUCAGAACUGCAUUUGGAGCUUUUAUUUUUUGUUUUACUAAUUUCAUGCAUUAAUGUCUAUUCUCUGGCUUUUUUUUUACUUGAUUUUAGGUAUAUUGUUUGACUUACCAAAUAUUGGAUAGAAUUAAAAGGUAAUUUCCCUUCAGAAAUAUUUUUCCCUUGUUUUGCAUGUACUCUGAACCUGAGUUUCAUAAAUCACAAUGAAUUACAAAUGGAAAAGAAUAUGUUAGUAUCUUAUUUUUAAGAAGAAAAAAAAUUGAUUACCCAGGACGUAUAUUAACAAGACUGAAGUCACAACUCUCCAUAAUAAAUUACACAAAAUUUGCAACAU